AUGCUGAUUACUCUAGAAUGCGUUAUACUUGCGUUGCAGGCGGUUGCUGCAGUUCGACUUGCAUUAGAAUCACCAAUUGGAACUACCAGUCAAUCGAACAAUAGACUGUCAAAACGAUCACCCGUUGAAUUGGGCCGUGAUGCUGAUCAAUGUUUCACAAUGAAAUUUAAUGUUGAUGGAGUUGAUUUGGAUUUACGAGUCGAUUCAGCGAUUUCCAGUAUAAUCGUACCACUUCCUAGUUCAAGCAGUGAUGUAGGCUUGGCUCCGCAACACACUCCAAGUGGGGAACCCGUUACUAUAAAUUACAGAGGCAAACAGUAUAGAGGCGUUACAUCCACAGCCGUUGUGACAAUUCCGGGUACUAGGAUAACUGACAUCAAAUUACCAGUACUAGCAGUUCAAAAACAAUCACCAGAUCUAGUUGGUAUCGAUCCAGAGUUUGAUGGAAUAUUUGGCUUUGGCUAUACCUCGUUGUCAAAACAUCAUCCACAAAUCACUGCGAUGAAUACUUUGUACAAUGAUGGUGUCAUUUCCAAUAACGAGAUUGGCAUUCAACUAUGUCCGUAUGAUAUUCUGCAUGAAAGUUUCAUCAAUAUAGGAAACACUGACGUAACUGCAAAAUGCGGAACGGAUGGAAGCAGUGUUGCAUGGGUAAAUUCACCAACAAACGAUCGCCAUACUGUCAACAUCAAGAAUAUACUAAUCAAUGGCGAAGAAGUGGAGCUGCCUGCUGAAUUCCAAAAAAAGGUGGAAAAUGGACGUACUUUGUACUCGGUUAUACAAACAUGUUCUACAUUUAUGUAUUUCCCUAGAGUAGUCGUGAAAGCGUUGAUUGAUGCUAUUCUUGAUAGUAAUGCGAUUACUGUCAAAAAAACUGUGUUUAGUAACAAGCUCAACAAAAAAGAAGUCAAAAGAAUAUUUUGGGAACAUUACGCAAUGCUUGAAUCCGGUUUUAAUAUCGAUUGGAACAAGCUGCCGUCGUUUACAAUUGUAAUGUUUGCUCAAAACCCAGUAACUGAUGACAAUCGCAAUUCCGUUGUAAAGAUCACACUGGGUCCUAAAGACUAUAUACAGAGAUACGAUUCUGAAAAAUUUUGGUUUACUGUGACAGCUGGUUCAAAUGAUUAUGCAGCUCUUGGUAUACCACUCAUGACUCAUCUUGCAGUCACAUUUGAUUUACAGAAUAAACGCACUGGAUUUGGUCCUGGAUGUGGAUGCGAAGUCAUGGCUGAUGGAUAUCCUACUAUUUCGAACGGUUAUCAAGUACUAUGGCCAUUACCACAUGUUAGAUUGCCUGAACAACCAACUACUUCAGGUUCAGAUGGCACAUUUAUUCGCAGAAGAAAACCAAUAACUACAACUGAUCAAGUAGCUGUACCUGAAAACACUCACCACACUGUCAAGAGUUACAAACAGACUCUCAAUAAACUCGACUGA